AUGAACUUUGCGAACGCUGUCAAUCUCCCCGACAUGUUGCAAGCUUGGCUCUGCAGUUCCGCGUCGAGCAGCAACUCCAACAACGACAAUCGUCGACACUCUACGACGGGCCACGAUUUCGGACGCGAAGCUUUGUCGACGGAUGUUUGGGACAUGGGUGCGGUCGAAGCGCCAGCAGCAUGCAAGAACGUCGCAGAGCCAGGGGUCGAUUUCGAAACAUUGCCGUUGCUGGCCGACCUGCAGCGAGGCUCUUCAGCAGCGACGCUCGCGCAUCAGCAGCCCAGUGCGACGACUUUGAGCACAUCAUCAGUGGCUGCAAUGACCGCCCCUCCUUUCGCGCCGUCAUCAGCUGACAGCUUUAGCGAUCCGGCGCUCAAACGGCUACUUUGCGGCGGCACGAACAUCGCCGAUGCGUGCUCUCUGCCGCUGCCGCUCAACGAAGGUGCUUGUGCAACGUUCGAGCCACAUUCACAAGUGCCGAGGAACGAAGGCGAGAUGCUCUGA